UCGACGACAGUCUGCAGUAAAUCAAAAAGCAAGAAAGAUGCUGCUCGCAACAGUGUUCAUCGUGUUUGGUGCAGUGCAAAUUACCCACCGUCAGCAACUCCUUGCCGCUAGUGUUGAUCUGCAGGGCUUCCACUUCGAGCUACUGCUGACCCAUCUGACAGAGAUGGAGAAUCGGCUGCAAGCAACGCUCGCCGAAAUCGCUCAAAAUCAAUCCCAACAGCUGGAGCAGCUCUGCGGUUUGGGUGAACCACGUCCCUUUUCGGCGGCGGUUAAACUUCCCGCAGCAGGGCGACCGCGGUCAAACAGCUACAGGCUGGAAAAAAUAGCCGAACUCACCGGUGGAAAAAACCUGGCUGGUGAUUGGAUCCUGUUUCAGGAACGAUUCAAUGGUUCGCUCAAUUUCAACCGUACCUGGGACGAUUAUCGGGUCGGCUUCGGUAACCCGCUGGGUGAACAUUGGCUUGGUUUGAGGGCGCUCGAGCAACUGCUAGCCAAAGGACCGCACGAGCUGCUGAUCGUUAUGGAAAGCUUUAAAGGUACUACCGUGUACGCACACUACGAUGCGUUUAGCAUUGGCACGGAGCGCGAAAAGUAUGCGAUAAAAACGGUGGGCAAAUACGCCGGCACAGCUGGUGAUUCGCUAUCGUUUCACGUCGGUUCCAAAUUUACUACCUACGAUCAGGAUAACGAUGAGCACGGAUUGAACUGUGGCGCCCAGUACGGUGGCGGCUGGUGGUUCAAGGACUGUUACUCAUGCUUUCUAAACGGCAUCUAUGUUCCCACCAGCCAGGGCUCGGAAAUGGGGUUGAUUUGGUUCACCUAUACUGGAGCGUUUCAGUCGUUGAAAGCAUCAAAAAUGAUGAUUCGGCUGCGUAGUGCACCGUAACAAAGUUAAACCAUUUCCACAAUUUAAAUCAAAAUUCAAAACCCUUCAAUAUCAACACUAAUGCCCCAAUCACUGCGUUGUUUUAUCAUACGUCUCGUUUUGUGUUAUUUUCCAACAAAAAUCCAUCCAAUGCUUUGCCUUACAACGUCUUACGGAUGCGCUCAAACAACAACAGAAAAUCAGACUCUUGACUGCUGUAACAUUCCCUCUUAUUGCCCACUUUCAUGCAACUAUGGGUCGCAUUAGCAUUGGAAUGACUCACUUUUAGCCGUUUGCUAUUCAUCGAUCUCACAGAAGCAAACGCAAAGGAGCAAAAACAACCGCUGCCUCGAGCUGUUCGCGGACUAUGCUGCGUUGCCCUUGAACAGUGUACCCUGCCUUUGAGGGUCGACCUCGAAACGAACGUCCUGCCCGGCCUUGCCGGCAAAGCGGGUUUCGAAGCGGUCAAAAGCAGAUACCCUGCACGCGCAGGAAAAUCAAU